AUGGCGGAGCGUGGCGGAUUUCGUGGUGGCUUUGGCAGUGGCGAGCGUGGAGGUCGCGGCGGUCGUGGCGGCGCUGGUGGUGAGCGUGGCCGUGGACGUGGUCGCGGACGCGGAGGUCGCGGUGGGCGCGGUGGCAAAGACACGGACAAGGAGUGGACGCCGGUGACGAAGCUGGGCCGUUUGGUGAAGGAUCGCAAGGUGACGUCAGUGGAGGAGAUCUACCUCAAUUCGCUUCCGGUGAAGGAGUUCGAGAUAAUCGAUGUGCUGCUGCCGAACCUGAAGGACGAGGUGCUGAAGAUAAUGCCGGUGCAGAAGCAGACGCGGGCCGGCCAGCGCACGCGCUUCAAGGCAUUCGUCGCGAUCGGCGAUCACAACGGGCACGUGGGCCUGGGCGUGAAGUGCUCCAAGGAGGUGGCCACUGCUAUUCGGGGCGCCAUCGUGGCGGCCAAGCUCUCAGUGAUACCAGUGCGACGCGGCUACUGGGGCAACAAGAUUGGACAGCCGCACACAGUGCCCUGCAAGGUGACCGGCAAGUGCGGCUCGGUUCUGGUGCGCCUGAUCCCUGCGCCGCGCGGUACCGGCAUAGUGUCGGCGCCGGUGCCCAAGAAGCUGCUGCACAUGGCGGGUGUCGAGGACUGCUACACGUCGGCUGUUGGCCAGACAGCCACACUUGGCAAUUUCGCGAAAGCCACCUACGCUGCGAUCCAGCGCACCUACUCCUACCUGACGCCGGACUUGUGGAAGGAGCACGUGCUCGAGAAGACGCCCUACCAGCAGCACUGGGAGUUCCUGUCGCAGGAGCAGCCCACUCGCAGUUGA